AUGACAACCAGUGGUUGCAUGACAACCGAGCAUAACCCCACGGACAGAGCAGACCGCUGGGCUCAAGUUAUCACCCAGGGGUGUCCAUUAUACAGGUGUAUCCAGCCUGCAACGAAUCCAAACAGAACAGUGGAAAAAGUGAUGCAAAAAAGUGAAGCAGUUGCAGGAGGGCCUCAGCCCGGACAGAGGAUGAUCUUCACAGGCCCAGAUGGAAUUGGAGACCACAGGCCGAGAUCAAAUUAUUUCACCCGGUACAUCGGUGUGGGCGCCUCAUCACCUGAGGCUACAGGUGACCUCAGUUACUUGUGGCGAGCUGCACCACACGCCCCCCCUCCUUUGCCCAAACAGAGCUAUGUGGGGGAGGUUGGCUGGGGCUGGCAGUAUAACCAGCUGUUGAACAAUGGGACGCUGCUCAGCAAUAUGCAAAUUAAGAAAACUGAGUUACGGACAGCGCUGGAGGACAGAGUGACUCACAGGUUCCAGAACGAACAGUAA